AUGAAGUACGUCGACAGAGAAAAGAAAAAGAAAAGGGUAAAAAAUUGUAAAAAAAAAUUGCUGGAAAAAUGGGAUAUUUAUAGUGCGGACCAGAGAGAAAGAGGAAUGAGAGAGAGAGAUGAGGUUUUACUUUUGUCACAUAUUUAUUGUAAUGCCAUUUUUGAAAACUUUGACGAUGGCAUUUGGGCGAGUGGGCAAAUGAAAAUAGUGUAUUUUGAAGUUGUGAAGGCGUAA